AUGGACGCGUUGCGAUUCCAGGCAACCAAGGAUGACUCUGACACGAGGGAGGUGACCGCGGAGGAUAGCGAGGCUAACAUGGAAAACCAACUAGAGCUAGCUGAAGCUACGAAGGAGCUAACCACGGCUAAAGCUAUAAUGUGCUUGUCCAAUAAAAUGACAGAAAUGAAGGACGAAAUAAAACAAGAACUGGCGCAUUUCAAAACGGAGAUUAACCAGAAGCUUCUGAAUAUUACUGCGGAUAUUCGAAACCAAGGCACGCGUCUGGCGGAAUCUGAACAGCGUUUUGGUGAACUCGAAUCUGCGAACAAGGAUCUAAGAGACGCGCUCCUACACUCGGUCAAACAACAGAAAACCCUGAUGACAAAAAUGACUGACUUGGAGGGCCGAUCCAGACGAAAUAACCUCCGUGUAAAUAACAUCAGUGAGAAUGCAGAAGACCACACUGGGGCCUCACUCAGACCACACUGGGGCCUCACACUGGGGCCUCACUCAGACCACACUGGGCCUCACUCAGACCACACUGGGCCUCACUCCGACCACACUGGGGCCUCACUCAGACCACACUGGGGCCUCACACUGGGGCCUCACUCAGACCACACUGGGACCUCACUCAGACCACACUGGACCUCACUCAGACCACACUGGGGCCUCACUCAGACCACACUGGGGCCUCACUCAGACCACACUGGGCCUCACUCAGACCACACUGGGCCUCACUCAGACCACACUGGGGCCUCACACUGGGCCUCACUCAGACCACACUGGGGCCUCACUCAGACCACACUGGGCCUCACUCAGACCACACUGGGGCCUCACUCAGACCACACUGGGCCUCACUCAGACCACACUGGGCCUCACUCAGACCACACUGGGGCCUCACUCAGACCACACUGGGGCCUCACUCAGACCACACUGGGGCCUCACACUGGGGCCUCACUCAGACCACACUGGGACCUCACUCAGACCACACUGGACCUCACUCAGACCACACUGGGCCUCACUCAGACCACACUGGGCCUCACUCAGACCACACUGGGGCCUCACUCAGACCACACUGGGCCUCACUCAGACCACACUGGGGCCUCACUCAGACCACACUGGGGCCUCACUCAGACCACACUGGGCCUCACUCAGACCACAUGGGGCCUCACUCAGACCACACUGGGGCCUCACUCAGACCACAUGGGCCUCACUCAGACCACACUGGGCCUCACUCAGACCACACUGGGGCCUCACUCAGACCACACUGGGGCCUCACUCAGACCACACUGGGCCUCACUGGGGCCUCACUCAGACCACACUGGGCCUCACUCAGACCACACUGGACCUCACUCAGACCACACUGGGGCCUCACUCAGACCACACUGGGCCUCACUCAGACCACACUGGGGCCUCACUCAGACCACACUGGGGCCUCACUCAGACCACACUGGGCCACACUUCACACACUGGGACCUCACUCAGACCACACUGGGCCUCACUCAGACCACACUGGGCCUCACUCAGACCACACUGGGCCUCACUCAGACCACACUGGGCCUCACUCAGACCACACUGGGGCCUCACUCAGACCACACUGGGGCCUCACUCAGACCACACUGGGGCCUCACUCAGACCACACUGGGGCCUCACUCAGACCACACUGGGGCCUCACUCAGACCACACUGGGGCCUCACUACCACACUGGGCCUCACUCAGACCACACUGGGGCCUCACUCAGACCACACUGGGGCCUCACUCAGACCACACUGGGGCCUCACACUGGGGCCUCACUCAGACCACACUGGGGCCUCACUCAGACCACACUGGGGCCUCACUCAGACCACACUGGGGCCUCACUCAGACCACACUGGGCCUCACUCAGACCACACUGGGCCUCACUCAGACCACACUGGGCCUCACUCAGACCACACUGGGCCUCACUCAGACCACACUGGGCCUCACUCAGACACUGGGCCUCACUCAGACCACACUGGGGCCUCACUCAGACCACACUGGGCCUCACUCAGACCACACUGGGGCUCACUCAGACCACACUGGGGCCUCACCAGACACACUGGGGCCUCACUCAGACCACACUGGGGCCUCACUCAGACCACACUGGGCCUCACUCAGACCACACUGGGCCUCACUCAGACCACACUGGGGCCUCACUCAGACCACACUGGGCCUCACUCAGGGACCACACUGGGCCUCUCAGACCACAUGGGCCUCACUCAGACCACACUGGGGCCUCACUCAGACCACACUGGGCCUCACUCAGACCACACUGGGCUCACUCAGACCACACUGGGGCCUCACUCAGACCACACUGGGGCCUCACUCAGACCACACUGGGCUCACUCAGACCACACUGGGCCUCACUCAGACCACACUGGGGCCUCACUCAGACCACACUGGGCCUCACUCAGACCACACUGGGGCCUCACUCAGACCACACUGGGGCCUCACACGGGGCCUCACUCAGACCACACUGGGCCACUCCCACACUGGGCCUCACUCAGACCACACUGGGCCUCCACUGGGCCUCACUCAGACCACACACUGGGGGCCUCACUCAGACCACACUGGGGCCUCACUCAGACCACACUGGGCCUCACUCAGACCACACUGGGCCUCACUCAGACCACACUGGGCCUCACUCAGACCACACUGGGCCUCACUCAGACCACACUGGGCCUCACUCAGACCACACUGGGCCUCACUCAGACCACACUGGGGCCUCACUCAGACCACACUGGGGCCUCACUCAGACCACACUGGGGCCUCACUCAGACCACACUGGGCCUCACUCAGACCACACUGGGGCCUCACUCAGACCACACUGGGCCUCACUCAGACCACACUGGGGCCUCACUCAGACCACACUGGGCCUCACUCAGACCACACUGGGGCCUCACUCAGACCACACUGGGGCCUCACACAUGGGGCCUCACUCAGACCACACUGGGCCUCACUCAGACCACACUGGGCCUCACUCAGACCAGCACUGGGGCCUCACUCAGACCACACUGGGCCUCACUCAGACCACACUGGGGCCUCACUCAGACCACACUGGGCCUCACUGGGGCCUCACUCAGACCACACUGGGGCCUCACUCAGACCACACUGGGGCCUCACUCAGACCACACUGGGGCCUCACUCAGACCACACUGGGCCUCACUCAGACCACACUGGGGCCUCACUCAGACCACACUGGGCCUCACUCAGACCACACUGGGGCCUCACUCAGACCACACUGGGGCUCACUCAGACCAACUGGGGCCUCACUCAGACCACACUGGGCCUCACUCAGACCACACUGGGGCCUCACUCAGACCACACUGGGGCCUCACUCAGACCACACUGGGCCUCACUCACCGACCACACUGGGGCCUCACUCAGACCACACUGGGGCCUCACUCAGACCACACUGGGCCUCACUCAGACCACACUGGGGCCUCACUCAGACCACACUGGGGCCUCACUCAGACCACACUGGGCCUCACUCAGACCACACUGGGCCUCACUCAGACCACACUGGGCCUCACUCAGACCACACUGGGGCCUCACUCAGACCACACUGGGGCCUCACUCAGACCACACUGGGGCCUCACUCAGACCACACUGGGCCUCACUCAGACCACACUGGGGCCUCACUCAGACCACACUGGGCCUCACUCAGACCACACUGGGGCCUCACUCAGACCACACUGGGCCUCACUCAGACCACACUGGGCCUCACUCAGACCACACUGGGCCUCACUCAGACCACACUGGGGCCUCACUCAGACCACAUGGGGCCUCACUCAGACCACACUGGGGCCUCACUCAGACCACACUGGGCCUCACUCAGACCACACUGGGGCUCACUCAGACCACACUGGGGCCUCACUCAGACCACACUGGGGCCUCACUCAGACCACACUGGGCCUCACUCAGACCACGGCCACUGGGGCCUCACUCAGACCACACUGGGCCUCACUCAGACCACACUGGGGCCUCACUCAGACCACACUGGGGCCUCACUCAGACCACACUGGGGCCUCACUCAGACCACACUGGGGCCUCACUCAGACCACACUGGGGCCUCACUCAGACCACACUGGGCCUCACUCAGACCACACUGGGCCUCACUCAGACCACACUGGGGCCUCACACUGGGGCCUCACUCAGACCACACUGGGGCCUCACUCAGACCACACUGGGCCUCACUCAGACCACACUGGGGCCUCACUCAGACCACACUGGGGCCUCACUCAGACCACACUGGGGCCUCACUCAGACCCACUGGGGCCUCACUCAGACCACACUGGGGCCUCACUCAGACCACACUGGGGCCUCACUCAGACCACACUGGGCCUCACACUGGGCCUCACUCAGACCAACUGGGGCCUCACUCAGACCACACUGGGCCUCACUCAGACCACACUGGGCCUCACUCAGACCACACUGGGCCACCGGCCUCACUCAGACCACACUGGGGCCUCACUCAGACCACACUGGGGCCUCACUCAGACCACACUGGGCCUCACUCAGACCACACUGGGGCCUCACUCAGACCACACUGGGGCCUCACUCACUGGGCCUCACUCAGACCACACUGGGGCCUCACUCACUGGGCCUCACUCAGGGCCUACCACACUGGGGCCUCACUCAGACCACACUGGGGCCUCACUCAGACCACACUGGGGCCUCACUCAGACCACACUGGGCUCACCAACAUGGGCCUCACUCAGACCACACUGGGGCCUCACUCAGGGGGCCUCACUCAGACCACACUGGGGCCUCCUGGGCCUCACUCAGACCACACUGGGGCCUCACUCAGACACACUGGGGCCUCACUCAGACCACACUGGGGCUCACUCACACUGGGCCUCACUCAGACCACACUGGGGCCUCCACUGGGCCUCACUCAGACCACACUGGGCCUCCCUCACUCAGCACACUGGGCCUCACUCAGACCACACUGGGCCUCACUCAGACCACACUGGGCUCACUCAGACCACACUGGGCCCUCCACACUGGGGCCUCACUCAGACCACACUGGGGCCUCACACUGGGGCCUCACUCAGACCACACUGGGCCUCACUCAGACCACACUGGGGCCUCACUCAGACCACACUGGGCCUCACUCAGACCACACUGGGGCCUCACUCAGACCACACUGGGGCCUCACUCAGACCACACUGGGGCCUCACUCAGACCACACUGGGGCCUCACACUGGGGCCCACUCAGACCACACUGGGGCCUCACUCACACACUGGGCCUCACUCAGACCACACUGGGCACUCACACUGGGGCCUCACUCAGACCACACUGGGCCUCCUCACACACUGGGCCUCACUCAGACCACACUGGGGCCUCACACUGGGCCUCACUCAGACCACACUGGGGCCUCACUCAGACCACACUGGGCCUCACACUGGGGCCUCACUCAGACCACACUGGGGCCUCACUCAGACCACACUGGGGCCUCACUCAGACCACACUGGGCCUCACCACACUGGGCCCACUGGGGCCCACACGGGCCUCACUCAGACCACACUGGGGCCUCACACUGGGGCUCACUCAGACCACACUGGGGCCUCACACUGGGCCUCACUCAGACCACACUGGGGCCUCACACUGGGCUCACUGACCACACUGGGGCCUCACUCAGACCACACUGGGGCCUCACUCAGACCACACUGGGCCUCACACUGGGGCCUCACUCAGACCACACUGGGGCCUCACUCAGACCACACUGGGCCUCACUCAGACCACACUGGGCCUCACUCAGACCACACUGGGGCCUCACUCAGACCACACUGGGGCCUCACUCAGACCACACUGGGCCUCACUCAGACCACACUGGGGCCUCACUCAGACCACACUGGGGCCUCACUCAGACCACACUGGGGCCUCACUCAGACCACACUGGGGCCUCACUCAGACCACACUGGGCCUCACUCAGACCACACUGGGCCUCACUCAGACCACACUGGGGCCUCACUCAGACCACACUGGGGCCUCACUCAGACCACACUGGGGCCUCACUCAGACCACACUGGGCCUCACUCAGACCACACUGGGGCCUCACUCAGACCACACUGGGCCUCACUCAGACCACACUGGGGCCUCACUCAGACCACACUGGGGCCUCACUCAGACCACACUGGGCCUCACUCAGACCACACUGGGGCCUCACUCAGACCACACUGGGGCCUCACUCAGACCACACUGGGCCUCACUCAGACCACACUGGGGCCUCACACUGGGGCCUCACUCAGACCACACUGGGGCCUCACUCAGACCACACUGGGGCCUCACACUGGGGCUCACACCCAGCCACACUGGGUCCUCACACACUGGGCCUCACACGGCUCACACACUGGGCCCCAGACCACACUGGGGCCUCACACUGGGCCUCACUCAGACCACACUGGGGCCUCACUCAGACCACACUGGGGCCUCACUCAGACCACACUGGGCCUCACACUGGGGCCUCACUCAGACCACACUGGGGCCUCACUCAGACCACACUGGGCCUCACUCAGACCACACUGGGCCUCACUCAGACCACACUGGGGCCUCACUCAGACACACUGGGGCCUCACUCAGACCACACUGGGCCUCACUCAGACCACACUGGGGCCUCACUCAGACCACACUGGGGCCUCACUCAGACCACACUGGGCCUCACUCAGACCACACUGGGGCCUCACUCAGACCACACUGGGCCUCACUCAGACCACACUGGGGCCUCACUCAGACCACACUGGGGCCUCACUCAGACCACACUGGGGCCUCACUCAGACCACACUGGGCCUCACCUGGGGCCUCACUCAGACCACACUGGGCCUCACAGACCAAUGGGCUCCUCAGACCACACUGGGGCCUCACUCAGACCACACUGGGCCUCACUCAGACCACACUGGGGCCUCACUCAGACCACACUGGGGCCUCACUCAGACCACACUGGGCCUCACUCAGACCACACUGGGGCCUCACUCAGACCACACUGGGCCUCACUCAGACCACACUGGGGCCUCACUCAGACCACACUGGGCCUCACUCAGACCACACUGGGGCCUCACUCAGACCACACUGGGCCUCACUCAGACCACACUGGGGCCUCACUCAGACCACACUGGGCCUCACUCAGACCACACUGGGGCCUCACUCAGACCACACUGGGGCCUCACUCAGACCACACUGGGGCCUCACUCAGACCACACUGGGCCUCACUCAGACCACACUGGGGCCUCACUCAGACCACACUGGGGCCUCACUCAGACCACACUGGGGCCUCACUCAGACCACACUGGGGCCUCACUCAGACCACACUGGGCCUCACUCAGACCACACUGGGCCUACUCACACACGGGCCUCACACUGGGCCUCACUCAGACCACACUGGGGCCUCACUCAGACCACACUGGGGCCUCACUCAGACCACACUGGGGCCUCACUCAGACCACACUGGGGGCCCUCACUCAGACCACACUGGGCCUCACUCAGACCACACUGGGCCUCACUCAGACCACACUGGGGCCUCACUCAGACCACACUGGGCCUCACUCAGACCACACUGGGGCCUCACUCAGACCACACUGGGCCUCACUCAGACCACACUGGGGCCUCACACUGGGCCUCACUCAGACCACACUGGGCCUCACUCAGACCACACUGGGGCCUCACUCAGACCACACUGGGGCCUCACUCAGACCACACUGGACCUCACUCAGACCACACUGGGCCUCACUCAGACCACACUGGGGCCUCACACCACACUGGGGCCUCACAUCAGACCACACUGGGGCCUCACUCAGACCACACUGGGCCUCACUCAGACCACACUGGGCCUCACUCAGACCACACUGGGCCUCACUCAGACCACACUGGGGCCUCACUCAGACCACACUGGGCCUCACUCAGACCACACUGGGCCUCACUCAGACCACACUGGGCCUCACUCAGACCACACUGGGGCCACUCAACCACACGGCCUCACUCAGACCACACUGGGGCCUCACUCAGACAAUGGGCCUCACUCAGACCACACUGGGGCCUCACUCAGACCACACUGGGGCCUCACUCAGACCACACUGGGGCCUCACUCAGACCACACUGGGGCCUCACUCAGACCACACUGGGGCCUCACACUGGGGCCUCACUCAGACCACACUGGGGCCUCACACUGGGCCUCACUCAGACCACACUGGGGCCUCACACUGGGGCCUCACUCAGACCACACUGGGCUCUCACACUGGGCCUCACUCAGACCACACUGGGGCCUCACACUGGGCCUCACUCAGACCACACUGGGGCCUCACUCAGACCACACUGGGCCUCACUCUGACCACACUGGGGCCUCACACUGGGGCAUCACUCAGACCACACUGGGCCUCACACUGGGGCCUCACUCAGACCACACUGGGGCCUCACACUGGGCCUCACUCAGACCACACUGGGGCCUCACUCAGACCACACUGGGGCCUCACACUGGGGCCUCACUCAGACCACACUGGGGCCUCACACUGGGCCUCACUCAGACCACACUGGGGCCUCACACUGGGGCCUCACUCAGACCACACUGGGCUCUCACACUGGGCCUCACCAGACCACACUGGGGCCUCACACUGGGCCUCACUCAGACCACACUGGGGCCUCACACUGGGGCCUCACUCAGACCACACUGGGCCUCACACUGGGGCCUCACUCAGACCACACUGGGCCUCACUCAGACCACACUGGGGCCUCACUCUGACCACACUGGGGCCUCACACUGGGGCAUCACUCAGACCACACUGGGGCCUCACACUGGGCCUCACUCAGACCACACUGGGGCCUCACUCAGACCACACUGGGCCUCACUCAGACUACACUGGGCCUCACUCAGACCACACUGGGCCUCACUCAGACCACACUGGGCCUCACUCAGACCACACUGGGGCCUCACUCAGACCACACUGGGGCCUCACUCAGACCACACUGGGGCCUCACUCAGACCACACUGGGCCUCACUCAGACCACACUGGGCCUCACUCAGACCACACUGGGGCCUCACUCAGACCACACUGGGCCUCACUCAGACCACACUGGGGCCUCACUCAGACCACACUGGGGCCUCACUCAGACCACACUGGGGCCUCACUCAGACCACACUGGGGCCUCACUCAGACCACACUGGGGCCUCACUCAGACCACACUGGGCCUCACUCAGACCACACUGUUUAGCAUUGUUGAUGAUUUUUAUUGAGUGCAGGUGA